GGGCCGAGCCGGCCGCUGCCGCCGGGCGAGAGAGACAUGGCUGAAAGCCUCUGCUGGGAGCUCGGCGUCUGCACGGGCUAAGGCGUGCGGUGGGGAGAGCUGGGAAAGUUCCUGUUGGAUUUCACUUCGAGGGACCGCGCAGAAAGCGGCGAAAUGGAUGACUUCCCCUCCAUCUGCCUGCUCUCCCUGGCCAUGCUGGUCGCCUGCUAUGUGGCAGGAAUUAUACCCUUGGCAGUUAAUUUUUCCGAGGAGAGAUUGAAAUUGGUGACUGUCCUGGGUGCUGGGCUGCUGUGUGGAACUGCCUUGGCUGUCAUUGUGCCAGAAGGAGUACAUGCACUUUAUGAAGACAUUUUGGAGGGAAAGCAUCACCCAGCGAGCGAGAUGCAGCACGUGAUGGAGUCUGAGAAGGUGGCGAAAAUCCCAGCAGUACAUGAGCAUGGCCACGACCAUUCCAGGUUGCACGCCUACAUCGGCGUGUCCCUUGUCCUCGGCUUUGUCUUCAUGCUGUUGGUGGAUCAGAUAGGCAGCUCUCAUGUGCACACUACAGAUGAUCCAGAAGCUGCAAGAUCAGGCAACUCCAAAAUCACCACAACACUGGGACUAGUAGUCCAUGCUGCAGCUGAUGGUGUUGCAUUGGGUGCAGCAGCUUCUACUUCUCAGACUACUGUCCAGUUGAUAGUGUUUGUUGCAAUUAUGUUGCACAAGGCACCAGCUGCCUUUGGCCUGGUUUCCUUCCUGAUGCACGCUGGGCUAGAACGGAAUCGAAUCAGAAAACACUUGCUGGUCUUUGCGUUAGCAGCACCUGUUAUGUCCAUGGUGACAUACUUAGGGCUAAGUAAGAGUAGCAAAGAAGCCCUUUCAGAAGUCAAUGCCACUGGAGUUGCUAUGCUGUUUUCUGCUGGGACUUUCCUUUAUGUUGCCACAGUUCAUGUUCUCCCAGAAGUAGGAGGAAUUGCUCAUAGCCACAAACCUGAAUCAACUGGAGGGAAAGGACUCAGUCGUCUGGAGGUGGCAGCCCUAGUAAUAGGAUGCCUUAUUCCUCUAGUUUUGUCUAUUGGACACCAUCACUAAACGCUCAAAUUUCACUGUUCUUCUCCUCGACGAGACAGGAGCAGUAACUGUCUGCUGCUCCCUUUAUCAUUCUUUUACCCAUCAUUCAUCCCAUCCACUUUAUGGAGUUCAGAGGGAAUCUUGAUUGCAAAAUGAGGAAUACCGGGGAAGUUUUUAGCGUAGCAAAAUGUGCUUUCGCAGCCGAACACAAAUUCUAUGUAACUUUCUAUUCUGAAGACAUUUGCUCUUUUAAUUUUUACUUCUGGCCCUAUUCUCAGGGAAGAUGGAACUUGAAGUUUAAGAAAGGUGAGCAGGGAAGAACAUAGCAACUCAUCACAAAAUUGCAAUCACCAAAGUAUCCUGCAGUUCAGCUUUCACAGCUGAGAACAAAACCCAAGGAUAGCUGCGUUGUGAGAGGUUGAAGUCUCUAAUGAAGAAGGGGUCUCUCCCCCAUCGGUUCUACGUUGUCCGUUGGCAAUGACUGGCCCUUGUGAUGCUUGUCACUAACUGUAUUGCAGAAAUGGGCUACCCUGGGAACUCUGCAUAACACUGCUGUUGUCACAGAAGUGUCACUUGAUAGGAAAGAAAUGAUGUAGACGAUGUGUAGGAUUAGAGGAAGAAAUCAGCUGGUUAAGAAAGUGCAAAUGAGUCUUACAGUGUGUUCCAUUGUUUAAGACAAAUGAUAGAAGCAAGGAGAAUAGUGUUUUGAUUAUUUAAUUGUUAAUAAAUUCUAAAAAGGCACUGUUUCUUGGGAGAUGGUCUUCUUCCAAGUCAAGUGUUAAGCACCAAAAAUGCCAGCAGAAAUUAUGUAUUGGCUGCUGUGGUACACUACUGCUUCUGUUGAGAGAGAUACCCACAGUGCCCUUUGAAACAGAGCUGUUCUGGGCUCUGAGGAGUAGAAAUCUGAUGGAGACAGCUGUUGAGGGACCAGAAAACUUUACUGGCUCAUUUUCAAAACCCUGAACUGCUGAAAUCAGUGGGGGGUUGUGUGGGUUUUUCACUAAAUAAAGGUAUUACGGCUAACAAAACAAGAUGUUAACUAAUAAAUAUUUAGUUAAAUAUUUAUGCUGCAGAUAGAAUACAAAGUGUUUCUAAAGCAGUUCUGAACAAAAAAACCCUAAAACCCACAAAUAAAAAACCAAACUGGCAGGUUCCCAGUGGACCUGUUAGACAUUUUGCUUUUCCUUUGGGAAUUGUUAAUUUGCCUCUUACUGAUAAGCAUUAGUUUUGGUGAAUCUGCUGGAGGACUUUCUGCCAAUUGCUGAUGUGUCUCACUGCAGAGGAGUUGUAAAAGAUCCCUCCAUUUUCAAGGCAAAGCUUUGUCUUACCAGGCACCAUUUCCCUUAUGCAAAACGUGUUGUACUCUAAUGUGCAUUGAAAAGCCAGGAAUGCUUGACAUGCACAGAAUCAGCAUAAAAUUCUUUCUUUAGGGGAAAAAUUUUUAAUGCUGUACCCCUUUUAAGCUAUACUUUGUCGGCACUUUUUGAAGAUAAUAUUGCCAAAUAUAUUUUUCUUUUUUCUUUUUUUUUUUCAAUGAAUUUUGAAGAUCUCUCUUCUUAAUUGAAGUGCUUCUUGUUUCCAUAUGAAUGAGGGCAACUGUUUGUCAUGCCGUUUGUUACUUAAACUGCAGAGCCCACUGUGCCUCAUAACUUCUUUACAUUUUUGUUGUUGUCCUGUUUGUAUGUUAGUUCAGAGAGUAAUGGGUAUGGCCUGGCUCUUGGACUAGUGAUGACUUUGUCUGGUGGCUCUGUAACAAUACUCAUGUGUUGUUACAUUCCCAGGAGUGCUUGUUCAUUUGUGUGUUUCAAUGUGUAAGAUCAAUGCAAAAUUAUUAGAAGUCGUAUUUUCCCGUAAGACAGUAUUUUCAGAUACAAUUAGUGAUUCUGGCCUAAACAAGCAUUUUUUUUUGUUAGACCUUCAAUAUUGUGUUCUGAAAAGCCGCUGCAAGAUUAGUGAUGUGGAUGGGAUCCUCUUCUGUUUCUUUUUCAAUGUUGUUUUUGUCUGUUUGUUUUGGUUUGGGGGCUUUUACAACAUACAUAAUUCAAUUGGUAAGUUACUGGUUUAAAAAGUUCAGCAGGGCAGGUUCCUAACACAUGCAAAAGAUACACAGGGAUGUUUACUCCAGAGUUCUGUUCUUCCUGAUUUGCCCCUAAUUGCCUUCUUCCUUGAUGAUCUCACUAUUUUACCAUGUUUAAUCUUUCCACAUAACCAUUUCCAAAAGCUGGAGGAUUUGCAAGAGCAGGUGAUAGUGCUGCACUACCUGUGUGCUUGCAUUUCCUAAAGCAGUCAGUUUACUCUUUAACCUCUGUCCUGUCACUGCAUGUGCACCCCACCUGGGAGUUAAGUUGGCACCCUGACUGCAUUGCCCUUCAGCCUCACUUUGUGUGUAACAGUAGCAGUGGUUCACAGAGGUAAGGUCCUGUUUCAUGCCUUUUGUUCCCUGCUGAAGCAUGUGGAUAGUACCUUUUCACAUGGAUCAGUGUGGAUCGGUGAGGAUGUGGCAGCCACGCUUUUCACUGCUGACAUAACCUCUGGCAUAUUCAGCACAGGUGCCACUGCUGAGAGGUCUUGUCAUCUUCCCAUUUUCCCAUCCUUUACAUCAAGUUUCCAGUUUCUGUGGCAGCCAUCAGAAAUAGUAAUAAUCUGUUUAAUGAUUCAUGGAGUAUAGAGGCCAAGGUAUAGCAGCAGGUGGGGUAAUUUGAAUGAAAACUUUAAAAAACAUGGCAACUUAAAAUUGGCACAAUAAUUCUAAAAACAUUUUGGCAUUUGGUUAAGUGACAGAAGACUUCAAUGAUUUUUAUUUUUUCUUCUGCCCAUUUAGAAGUAGCAAUAGCAUUUUGUUUUGGCUGCUGUUAUCUCUGAGUUAUUAUUUUCAAUUCUGUAACUGAAACUUCAGUGACUAAAGAAGCUUUUGGUUAUGUUGAUAUGGAGAAUGUAGAAUUUUGUAUUAUCAAACCUUUCCAAAUUUUUAGUACCAAAUGGAGGAUUAUUUUCUUGACGCAGAGUAUUUUAAUGAGUUAAAUUAAAUGGUCCAUUUUAUUAUAGCCCUUUCUUUCUACCUAUGUCCCCAUCUGUCACAGUAAAUCCAAGCAUUGCGUAUAGUCAGGGCCAUCUGGUAUCAUUUUCUACUCCUCAGGAGACCUUGGUGCAAACAAAUUCCUCUUACUCUCUGUAAUAGCCUCUCUGCUUGUUUUUUCUUCUGUGACGUAGAUGGCAUUAGGUCUAGCAGGUAAAUGCUUAAACCAGGUACCAGCCAUGUCCAACUUUCCUUCUGUAAGUCCCUCUAGGAAACCCAUAAUCUUUUCAUUACCUGUUUCUUUUCAGUUAAUGAUUUCCUAAUUGGUAAUAGGAAUUUGACUAAAGCUGUUUCUGUUGAUCCUCAUGUCUUCAGAUACUUUCCCUACUGUUCUAAUGCUUUUAUGUUCCUUAUAUAAAGAAGGGAAAUAUUUAUUUUUCAGCACUCAAUGACAGAGGCAGAAGGUGCAUUGACAUUAACUUAAAUAAUGAUGGCAGAGCUGUCACACCAAGACAGGAUUUUUUGAUUGCUUUGGCUUGUCAGGUGACUGGGUGUUAAA